AUGGAUCCCGACAUUGAGAACGAACGAAUCGAAGACCGCAAAAAGUGGGGACAUAAAGAUGUGGAGCACUGGAGGGCAGUAUCCAAUGUGCAUUAUUAUACAAGAGAAGGCUUCUAUGGAACAGCAAUAUUGGUUUGUGACGGAAGGCUGGCUACAGUUCAGGACGUUCCACUGGCGAUUUUGAAAGGAGUUUGCCUGGUUCUUCUAGGGAAAAUUCCAGAGGCAAUUCGUCAUUUGGAAGCAUUUUCUAAUGACCAAAAUUUUUCUUUGGGAGCACUUUAUGCACUAAAAUGGGCUCAUGCAAGCGCUUUCAACCCAGACAGUAAAUCUAUCGUUGAAAUUGAGGCUGAAAUUUCAAAAACCGCAAGAAACGAAAAAACGCCUUACACUUCGUAUGCAUCGGCGGCAGAGGUCCUCUACUUUGCCGGAGAGUUCCAAAAGGCAAAGCAAAAUCUGGAUAUUGCUGGGAAGCGAUCAACGGAAAAGCAUGCGAAAUAUUACUGUUUGAUGGGUUGGAUUGAUUUGGGUUUGGGCAAAAAACAGAAAUCAACUCAGGAAUUAUUUGAGAAAGCUGGAGGCCAGGAAUAUCCGGAUGGAAACAUCGGUCGUUGUAAGAUCCUUGAAGGCCACCACUCUGCAUCUGAAAUGAGAGUUGCUGCAAAUGAAUUAGCCAUUUCCACAAUUCAUUUUCUGCCAGGACACAUUGAAAAAGCAAAAGCCCUAAUAAUGUUAAGAGACUGGCAUGGAGUGAUGGAUUGUAUUGUGAAUGCCGAUCAACAAGAAGGAAGCAAUCCAUACAUUGAGAUUCUGCGAACCACUCAUGGCAUCUGCUUCGCUGGAGAAGUAUCUCAAUUGAAUCGAACUCUUCAGCUUCUUUUGAAAAGUUUGGAUGACAAUGAAUCAAUCAACCACGCUCUUUAUGCAAAAAUCACAAAAUUGAUUGUAUCGAUUAGUGGGAAAAAUGAGAAGAUUUUGAGACAUGCGAGAGACUUCCUGAUCCGAGCUUUGAAGCUAUCUCGGAAACCCGACUAUGUAGCUCUUUCACUCCGAAUUGCAUUUGGAUUAGGAGAUGCUAGAGAGGUUUCUGUACUUUCCCAAGAGCUGAUUGCAUUGGAUUGUGAGGAUCCUUAUGCCAUUUUGUCGUCGGUCACCUCUAUGUUGAUGGUCAGUCGAGUGUCUGAUGCCAGGGCUCAAUUCGAUAUUAUGCCAGCAGCCCAUCCGAAGCUGUUAGAGUCACCGUUCUACUACCUAAUCGCCUCAGUACUUGCCAAACACAGCAAGGAUAAAUCGUUUGAAAACUUCCGUCAACACAUUGAAAAUCUAAUUGAAAUGCUUCGAAACCAACUGCAAUCCUUCCCAUUUGGCAUCGAUUAUCUUUUGUUAUUCAGUUCGGAUCUCUUAUAUUUUGCCAUCGAACAGUGCUUCGAUUUCUAUCCGUUGGUCCCAAUGAAGGCUCCAGAUGACACGAUGAAGCUAACUUCGAAGAUGCUCCAAAUGAUUUAUGAUGUUGCACCUGGUCUGGCUUAUUGUGCAUUGCAAUUGGCAAGAAAUUGCUAUUUGGUUUCAAAUACAAAUGCAGCUGAAAAAUGGAUUUAUAAGGCGCUGGAGAAAGAUGACUCGUUGGCAGAUGCACAUAUUCUAAGAGCACAAUUGAUUCUGGAUAGAGGUGGAAAGAUUCAAGAUGCUGAUGAUGCACUUGUUACUGGAUUGAAUUUCAAUUUCAAAUUGAGAGAGACCUCACUUUAUCAUUUGAUAAAAUCGAAAACUUUCAAGAAGAGAAACGAGAAUGAUGAAGCGCUCAAAACACUGAAAAUGGCAUUGCAAAUUCCGAAAAAAGAGAUGUCGAACAAUCUAUUUGUACCCAAGGAAUCUGCGGACACACAUAAAAUUUCAGUGCAAUUGGAAUUGAUUGACACGUUACGGCAAACCAAGAGAAUCCAAGACGCAGAAGACACAAUGGCAGAUGCAAUGGCUGAGUGGGCGGGGCAACCGGAGCAACAUCAACUUGUAAUUGCUCAAGCUCAACUGUAUCUAACCAAAGGACAUACUGAAAAAGCAUUGGCAAUUCUGAGAAAAAUUCAACCGGGUCAAUCGAAUUUCCAUUUGUCUCGAAUUCGAAUGGCGGAAAUUUAUUUAGAAGAGAAGAAGGAUAAACGAAUGUUCGCUGCUUGUUACAGAGAACUUCUAAAAGUCGAACCAACUCCUGGAUCCUAUUCCCUUCUCGGCGAUGCUUUCAUGAAAGUUCAGGAGCCAGAAGACGCCAUUAAUUUCUAUGAGCAAGCUCUGAAAAUGCAAUCAAAAGAUGUGCAAUUGGCUGAAAAGAUUGGCGAAGCUUAUGUGAUGGCUCAUCUUUAUUCGAAAGCUGUUAAUUUUUAUGAGUCCUCUAUGAAUAUUUAUAAGGAUAAGAAUAUGAGGCUGAAGUUGGCCAAUCUACUGUUAAGAUUGAAAAAUUAUGAAAAGUGCGAGAAGAUUCUACGAGCUCCAUUGGACAGGGAACCGGAGCCAUCGGAUACGGAAACUAUCCAGACGCAUAUUCAGUUUUUGUUGCUUUUGGCAGAGUGUCAUGAAAUGGUUGAGAAUAUUCCAGAAGCCAUGAAAGAUUUCGAAAAAGCCAAAAGCCUUCACAACAAAAUCCAAGACAAGACCAACACGACGGGUCUUCGAAAAGAGGGUGCGAGAAUCUGCAAUCUCCAAGCAGAACUCUAUUACCGUCGUCAUGAAUUUCCGCCAGCCAUCGAAGUCUGCAAACAAGCUUUACAGUUUUAUGAGACAGAUCUAAAGUCGAAUUUAUUGUUGAGCAGAAUUUAUAAAGACGAAAACAAAUGGACAUUGGUCCUGCAGCCAUGUCAGGCUGUCCUACAAGUUGAUCCUCAUAAUGAUGAAGCUAAUUUGAUCCUCGCUGAUUUCUACUACAUCAAAAGCGAAGCUGAUCAUGCAAUGACCAGCUAUAUAACUUUGUUAAAUAAAAAUCCUCUUCACUGGCAUGCUCUAUUCCGAGUCGUUGAGUUGUAUUGUCGAAAAGGAGAACAUCAUAAAGCAGAUGAAUUUUUGAACUCGGCUCGAGACGCGAAUCCUCGAUGUGUAACCGAAGCUGGAUACAGUGUGUGUCGUGGACGAUUCGAAUGGUAUACUGGUGAUCAAUCUCAAGCACUUCGAUGCUAUUCGAGGGCUAAAGACUCUCCAAAUGUUGUAUGGAGAGAGAAAGCGUUGUACGCAAUUAUCGAUAUCUGUUUGAAUCCGGAAAAUGAGAAGAUUCUCGAUGCGGAUAGUGUGGAAAAUGCGGAGCAGAAAACGACCGAAGAAGCGGCGGAUCAGCAAAGCACUGCACAAGUGUAUCUCGAUCUUCUUGGGAAAGUAGGACCAACUGAACGCUAUCGACUGGCCCAGAAUUUCGUUCGAAUGCAUACAACUGACAAAAAUACAAUCAUGGCAACCAUCGACGAAUUCAACAAAAUGGCAUACGCUGCUGAUAAAUCAAUUAUCAGUGUUGCGGCAAUUUAUGGAAUCGCUAAAGGUUAUUGGCUUCUGAAAAAGCAGCAACCAGCUAAGCAAUUAUUGAAAUCUUUGCAUGGGAGAGUAUGGAAUUUCGAUGAUGCCGAAUAUUUGGAAAAGUGUUGGCUUCUGAUGGCAGAGAUUUAUGUGGGUGCGUCGAAAUGGGAACAGGCUGGAACGUAUUUGGAUCAAGUGUUGAAAUACAAUUGUAACAGUUUGAGAGCAUUUGAAUUGUAUGGACAGGCGAAAGAAAAAGAGCAAAAGUAUGUGGAAGCAAGCAAGAUUUAUGAGAAGGCAUUCAAUACGACCAAUCAGAAAAGUUGCAGUUUUGGCUACAAACUCGCAUUCACUCUACUAAAAACUCGUCGCCUGUUCCUUUGCAUUGAAACUUGUCAAAAAGUUCUGGAUAUAAAUCCACAGUAUCCGAAGAUUCAGAGAGAAAUCAUGGAUAAGGCCAGAGGAAUGAUCAGGACUACUUGA